AUGAAAAGUCGUCUCUUAUAUUUUUCUACCUUGUAUUAUAAGAUGUGAUUGGUCUUUGUGGGGAUCAAACUCACACCAUUAGUCUCUUCAGAAAAAAAUUUCUUGAUAGGUUUGGUGAAUCUCUCUUUACUUUUUGCAUUUCGUUUCACUCUCUUUACUUUUUCUUUCAUAUAAAGCAGAGUGGGUGAGAGAGGGUUGGUGAAAUCUGAACGGAAUCAAAUAUCGUUGGAGUUUGUUGUCUAUUUAAGCUGUGACAUUCAUCAAAAAAGCUAUGGAUAUCAAUCAACAAGCUCAUCCGGAUUGCGUAUAUUCGGCUAAUCCUUUCCAUGAAUGUGCUUCAGCUUGUUUAGAGAGAAUUGCUCAAGGCCAUGUGAUCAAGAAGAACACUAAGAAGCCAGGUUCAAAGAUUCUUAGCUUCUCAGGAAGUUUCGGUAGGAAAAAGAAGGAAACGCAUUCACAACCGCUUUCACCGUCAAGGCCUUAUCAAAACGGUGGAGGCGGUUUUGGAAACGCUAAUACACCAAAGGUUUAUCGUUCAGUACCUCCACCUGUUGCUGCUGUCAAGAACAAGAAAGUUUCUGAUUCGGAUAAGUCUUUCUCCUCUUCUUCAUCGACUGAUCCGGACGACUUCUUUAAGCAUAAACCGGAGACGAAACUCUCUCAAAUCCUUCCUCUUUCACCUAAACCGGGAAAACAAGAACACAACAUGAAUAAGACUGAAGCGGACAGGGAAACUACACUAUACAAUCUCCUAAGCUCUCCAAUACAGCAUGAAAAAGAGAGCAGUGAUGAUUACUAUGAUGAUGAUGAUGACAAUGAGAUUGGAGUAGAGCUCGAUCUUGAAUCAGUAAUGUCUGAUACUUUUGUCUCUGUCGGAAAAUACAGAGUGAGGUCCGGUUCGUCCCCAAUUCUAACCGGUAUCAUCGAGAAACACGGAGACAUUGCUCAAGACUGUAAGCUGGAGUCGGACUCAAUGCGGUCCCGUUACCUAGAGUGUUUAUGCUCAUUAAUGCAAGAGCUUAGGUCAACUCCUGUCGGGCAGUUGACUAAACUCAAAGUCAAAGAGAUGCUUGCAGUUCUCAAAGACUUGGAGUCUGUGAACAUCGAAGUGGCUUGGCUACGUUCGGUUCUUGAGGAGUUUGCACGGUUUCAAGAAGAUGCAGAGACUGAGAAAGAGAGGCAAGAGGGUUUAGUGAAGGCUAAGAGAGAAGAGCUUGAAGCUCAAGAAGCGGAGUUGGUUCGGUUGGAGGAGGAAGUGGCUAAAGCGAGGUUGGGGAUCAUGGAGACACGGGCCGUGAUGGUCGAGAUGGAGAGGGAAAGGUCGAGGAUGGAGAAAAUGGGAUUCAAAAUUGAGAAGUUUAAAGGGAAAACGUUUAUAGAUGAGCUUCUGUGAGCAGAGAUUGCGAUGUUGUUAGUAGUAAGUAGUAUCAGAAAAUCAAAUACUCAAAAUGGGUUGUUUUCAAAGGUUAGGCUUUUUUAAGUAUGUUAUAAAGCUUUCAGUAAGGUGAAUGUUUAUUUAUUAGUAGUAACUUGUGAUGGUGUUGAAGUCUUUUUGUUGAGGUAUCUUGUUUGUUGCUAAUGAAUAUAGUUACUUUUGAAGGUU